UCUGGUAACUGGUACAGCAUAGAUUACCCCUCUCUCCCUCUCUAUCGUCUACUCACCACUCUCGUUUCACUGAAAUAUCAUCGGAAAACCAGUGAAAGAAUGGCGGAUAAAGGCAAAAUAAAGACUGACAGUUCUUCGGCACGGAAACGGAACGGCGACGAUAAGUCUGGUAAACGGAAAACCACCACCAGUGACCUGGAAUUUAUCGACGAUGUUUCUAAAAUCGAGGAGAGCGGCUCUAGCGAGGAGGAUGACGAGAUAAACAGUAUAUUAGUGAAGACCGCAACCGGUAAGACUUUUUCUCUUGAAGUCAAAGACUCAGACACAAUCGGCAAUGUGAAAGUCAAGAUCCAGGCUAAAGAACAUAUCCCCUUUGACCAGCAGGAACUGGUUUUGUACGAGAUGGUUCUUAAUAACAUGGAAACCCUUGCUAACCUGUGCAUCGAGAAGGAUUCAACUCUCACUCUUAUGUCCAAGUUAUCUGCAUUCAUACACAUAAGCAUUACAACUCUCCAUGGUAAGCCCAUUAUCCAUUCUCUCAAAGUCAGACCCUCGGACACAAUCAGUUAUGUGAAAGACAAGGUGUGUCGUUCUGAAGACGUUCUGAUCUUCAAUGAAAAUGCCCUUGAAGAUAGCGGUACGCUUGCUGACUUCCACAUCUUCAAUGGGUCCACCCUCAAACUCAUUCGUAAAUCAUCAGGAUUCAUGGAAAUAUUUGUGGAAACUUUAAAGGGAAAUACCAUCUCUUUGUCAGUUGAACCCACAUACACCAUAGCCAAUGUAAAGUCGAAGAUCGAGGAUGAGGAAUGUAUUCCUGUUGAUGAGCAGGCGUUGGUCUUCAACCAAAUGGUUCUCGAUGACAGUGGUACCCUUUUCGACUUCCACAUCAAGAAUAACUCGACCCUCAGAGUUAUGCGCAAGUCAAAGGGAUCUGUGAAGAAAACCAUUCAAAUAUUCAUCAAGACUCCUACUGGAGAAACGCUUGCACAGGAAGUCAACUCCUCGGAUACCAUCGCAAACAUAAAAGCCAAAAUCCAGAAUAAGGUAUGCAUCCCCUGUGACGAACAGGCGUUGAUUUUCGAUGAUGUUGUUCUCGACAACAUCAGUACGCUUGCUGAGUUUCGUAUCUUCAAGGAAUCCAUGCUCACGCUCAUGCGUAUAUCAAGGGGAUUUAUGCGCUUAUUCAUCAAGACCUUGACUGGAAAGACCAUUACUCUUGAAGUGAAACCUUCAGCCACCAUCCGAGAUGUGAAAUCCAAGAUCUGUGAUACGGAAGGUAUUCCCGUAUACCAGCAGCGCCUCGUCUUUAAGGGAAACGAGUUGGAUGAUGGCCCUACUCUCUCCGACUACAAUAUCCACAAUGAUGCAACCGUUGCUCUUAUUUUAAGAUUAUGAGCCUAGAUUAGACCAGCAUAUCUUAUGAUCUCUUAUUAUACUAACAUAUGACGCAUUAUGUCUUUUGAUGUGGUUAUGAUACUAACAGAUGAUGCAUUAUGUCUUUUGAUGUGGUUAUGAGAUGAUGCAUUAUGUCUUUU